GUCACCUGUCACGGAAGCUAACGGACGGAACCAUGGCCGGGGUCGGCUUUCUGGACUAUGCCUUCGCAGCUGGAGACGAAAGCGACGCCAGUAAUGACGACUGGGACAUCGGGUGUUCGGAUGCCAAAAUGAAGGUCGUGGAGGCUGUUGUACCGCAUGCAGGCAAUGGAGAGUCACGGUUUAAAACGGCCAUUCGUCAAGGAGACGCUGGGACCGUUGAGCAGCUGUUGGAUGAAGGCGUGGAUGUGGAGACGAGGCUUGACGGAGAUCGGACUCCACUGAUGUGUGCCGUUGAUGUGGCGAAUUGUGACUUGGCCAAACUGCUUCUGGACAGAGGCGCCAGCGCGAACUUUAGCAAAGGUCCGAUCAUCAGGCAGAUGAAUGUAUUGGUGGUUGAUGUCAUGAUCCAUGUCAUGAAGGCGCCGCUGACCUUUCUGUCAUCCCUUCUUUCAGAUUGCUGGACAGUGCUCAUGGCCAGCUGUACCGCUUCUGCCAGUGAAGACAAAAUUGCACGGUGUGUGGAGCUUCUGUUGUCCAGGAACGCUGAUCCCAACAUGGUGGACAGAUCUCGAAUGACCUGCUUGAUGCUGGCAGCCAGGGAUGGCUACAGUAAGGUCCUCAACCUGCUGGUUUCACAUGGAGCAGAAAUUAAUGUCCAGGAUUGCAAUGGAUACACGGCUUUGGCCAUAGCAGUGCAGUAUGGCAGAGAGGAGGCAGUGCUAAAGCUUCUCCAACUGGGAGCAGACAAAACCCUGAGGACGAAGACUGGAAAAAGCCCUGCUGACCUGGCCGCGUUGUUCAAGCACACACAGAUAAUCCGGAUCUUGGCCUCUUCUUCCCACAUUUCUACUGUCACAGCCUUUGCCUCCAUGGAGGACACGUUGUCUAAGUUCUUGAAGACCAAUUCUGAACCAACUUCUUCUAAAGAAAAUUCCACAAAGCUUGAUGACCUUGAGCUCCUCCUGCAUGGUCUCAAUCUUGGCUAUCUUACUGACAUCAUGACCAAAAAUGACAUCACUUGGAGCAGUCUAUUGACCAUGGAAGAGGCAGACCUCGAGAAGAUCGGAAUCAAAGACCCAACGGACCAGCAGAAGGUCUUGAGUGCUGUGAAGCUGAUGCACCUGGAUAAAGUGGACCUGGACAACAUCAGUCACCUGGAAAAUGCAACUUCUGGGAGCGAGGAGCUGUAUACCUUCCUCAUUAGCCUCCGGCAGCAGUGCUGCUAUCUGACAGAGACCAUUCAGGAUGUCAUCAGCCGUUUUCCCUGCCAGGUGACUCAGAUUGUCUUCUCGCUGGAUCCAAACAAGGAGGCUCAGGCUGUGUGUAACCAGCUGGUGCUCCAAACCAGUGACCUGCACAAAGAAGCCACUUGCCUCCGUAACCUGCUUUGUCAGAUGCACGAAGCUGGAGAUUGUCGCCUGUUUCCUCGGCCUGGUUCCGACCGCAGCUGGAGCGACCGGCGGCGCCUGAAGACGGCUGCACUCGGCGCGCUCGGAGCCGCCUUGGUUUUGCUCCUGUACAAAGCUGCCAGCGGUAAAGGCUUCCUGCAGAUGUACAGGAACGUCUGCUGAGGCUCAUGAUGAUGGUGUUAAGUGGUAAUUUGGUCUUUGACAGACUUGUUUUAGUUUUACAGCAGUGUUUUAUGGUUUGUCAUCGAGUUUGUUCAUAUUCUAAGUUAUUUAUUAUUUUAAGUGUUUAUCAGAGAUUCUCAUAAGGAGCCACUUGGGUUUUACUUACUGAUGUAUCUCAGACUUUCGCAGGUCUUUGCAUUCCUUAUUGUUUAAGUACAAGUAUCCUCUUGCUGCUUCCUGGUAAAUUGUCACAGCCUUUGGGGAUGAUUAUCAUAAAGCUUUACUUUCCUCUUAUAAACAGUCCAGUGACCUGUCCUAAUGUGAUUAUUUGAGGCAGUGAACAAAUUACUCAAAUAAAACUGGAUUUACAUCACAGAUGAAA